AUGUAUCUGCUUGUGUAUGGUUACUUGUCCGAAGCUGGCGCCUCGCUUGUGGAUCAAAGGCUUGGGCUCAAUAUUGUGCCGCCGACAGGAAUUGUCAAACUCGCCGCGCCCACGUUUUACUACGACAAAAUUGAUCGCGCAAAGGCACGAACCAAAGAAAGGAUUCAAUCGAGAUAUCCGAGCAUUGGAAGAAAAUUUCACCGUAUUGGAUUGCCCGAAAAGACGGGAAGCUUUCAACUAUUUGUCCACGGCUACCAUGAUGCUGCUUAUUGGCUGCGCACAUGGGCCACUCAGCCAGAAACCGCUCCUCCUCCGGUCACCCAACGCGAAUUUCAAUUGCAAUUUGAGAAACUGGUCGCACUGGAUUACAUUAUCCGCAACACUGAUCGUGGAAGCGAUAAUUGGCUAAUCAGAUAUAUACAAGCAGAUGUCGUCGAGAGGGCGCCAAUUCACGAAAAUGUGCCAUGCGAUCCCGCCAACGCAAAACCAGAGGUACCUGCUGAGGAGAAGCUGAUUGACUUUGCCGAUUCGUGCGCGACUGCCGAGCGUGUGCCAGAUGGUGAGUGGUGCGAGACUCCGCUGUUCUCCGAUGAUCCAGCCGAUUGGGCCGAUGUCUCAAUUCCGACAGUUGACAUUGCUGCCAUUGACAAUGGUCUUGCGUUUCCAUUCAAACAUCCCGAUGAGUGGAGAGCAUAUCCAUUUGGUUGGGCGUUGCUGCCGCAGGCUCGAAUCCCAUUCUCCGAUGAGACCAUUGAGCUAUUGCUCCCAAAAUUGGAUGACACCAAAUUUGUUCGUAAACUUUGUGAGGAUCUUCGCCAACUCUUCAAGAAUGAUAAAGGAUUCGACAAAAAAAUCUUUGAGAAACAGAUGUCGGUAAUGCGUGGACAAAUAUUCAAUCUUCGCGAAGCGCUUAUGAAAAAGAAGAGCCCUUAUCAGCUCAUACAAAUGCCACCGCAAUUGAUGGUUGAGGUGAAACAGAAGAAAAAGAAAUCCAGAGUUGCAAACAAUGCUGAAUAUGAAGAAGCUCCGACGUAUGAUUCGGAUGCCACUUUGCAACCACCCACCGACAUCGAUCAACCCGGACCAUCUACGGGACCAUCAACUUCGACGCAAUCUCCGGCACGAAGCGAGACUCCCGGAUCAAAUUCUUGGCAAGCAACUUAUAAGCAGAAAGUGCAAACCAAGACCCCAUUUUUCCGUUGGUGGUGA